AUGUCCUCGGGUGAGAACGAUGACUCUCUUAAAGUCAAGUGCCUAAACGAUAGUGUAAGGUGGAAUGAGAUUCCCAGUUGUUCUAAUAUAAAUGUGAUUCCCAAUGAUUUCAUUGUGAUCAACAUGACAUGUGAUGUCGAAAAUCCUGAAAGGACGGUAGGUACAAAUAUAAGUGAUUGUGAUAACUCAAGUAUUUUAAGCGUAGAGUCUAGUUUAGUUCCUGUGGGGAAUAACGAACUCGUCCAAUCGGAUAGUCAGAAAUUGGUGAGCCUCUCGCUCUCAAUACUCUUGGCUGCGAUUCUACAGGCGAUGCGUUGUUUCGCCCAAUUCUUAGAGGACAUUGUAGCUCCUCAGCGGUUAUGA